AUGGAAUUACCAAAGAAAGAGCUGGAUUGGGAGAAGGCCCUGUGCGCCGUGGGCUGGGAAUCUCAACGCAGCAGGGGCAAACACGCUCCCGCAGUCUCCCCCCUCUGCCAGCUCCUGCCCUCACACAUGACAGUGUCAGUGGCCUUGGGAGCCAAGAGAGGAUCAGUGUCAGAGGUGUCGGGACGCGCUCCCUCUGUUGAGACGCACACAGAGGACAGUGAGUCGCUGCCAGAAUCAAUGCCACCUCCAUCCAUCACCUCCUGCUCCGAGGAGGAUGAGGAGGAGGAGGAGGUCUGA